GCGAUAGGCGCUACUCUAUUACCUACUUGUGUGGACUGCUGCAUUAUUUAUCACUCGCGCUGUUGCGCAUCCUUUUGCGAAACCAGCUGCAGCCACCGCGCGGUGGCUGAUGAUCCCGCGACCGAGUGUUCCCACGUCUGCACGUUGGAGUUGCACCAUGUCGAGCAGAGCAGGCGGCCUCUAUGGAGGCAUCCAGUUUUCUUCAGGCUUCGUCCCUUCCGUCUCCACAGAUCCCUCAUCCUCCGCACACCCGGAAAAACAUCCUUCGUCGACACACUACUCUGCUCCGCCGACCGCCCAGCCCGCAGGAGCAGGAGCAGCAGCGGGAGCAGCGGGCGGUCCACCUGGCGCCUCCUCGGAUGCAGGCGCUGCGUUUGCGGGUCCAGGCAAGGCCACAGCCGGUAUCUAAUUCUACUGCUGCACGAGUUGCGCCCGAGACACAGACUUAUUGAAACACCCUCCCCUCCACGCUCGAUACGAUCGAACGAACGCGCGCACGAAAAAAAGGCUGGUCCGCGGCCCUCGCCUUCGCCCCCGUCAGGAAGAAGACCGUCCCGAAGGCCGUCGCGCCCCGCAUCCCCACCGGCGCCGCCCUCGCCGCGUUCUCCCAGUCUGCCGUCAUCAGCGCCCCGCCGACGGUGUCCGCGAGUGCCGUGCUCGUCGCGCCGCCCGUCUUGCUGAGCGCGGGGCCCAGCGAGGAGCCGCAGCAGGCCGCCUCCGCCGCGAAAAGCGGGUGGGGGAAGAAGGUCAAGCCCCCGUCCAUGGUCCUCGAUGACGACGUCAACGGAUUCAAGGGCUCAAACAAGAGGAGAGGCGGCGGAGGCGGAGGCAAGAAAAACAAGAGACACAAGGCGCUGCAGCAAGUGGCCGCUUGGGAUCCGACCGAGCAGUACGACCCCAUGAGACCAAACGACUACAACGAGUACAAAGUGUGGAGGCGUCGCGAUCGUGAGGAGCGACGCGAGCGCUUGGCCGAGCAGCGCCGCCUCGAGGACAGAAAACGCCUUCGGCGCAGCACAAGCUACACUGACUACAGCGACACAGGAUCCGAGGACGAACGGCCUCGCAAAGCAGGGCGGUUCGAUGAACCCGAUGACCGUUGGUCUCGCGAGGAUGACGAUCGGCCGCGCGGCGGGUUGGGCAGCACCUCGCACAACC